UCAAUUUUAUUAUUACAGAAACAGUAAUAAUGUUGUAUCAUAAUGUUUUCAAAUUUAUAUUAUUUAAAAAAAAUAUGUUUUGUUAUACAUUGUUAUAGGAAAUACUGACCUCGUUUAGACUAAAGUGAUCUUAACCAGGAAGUUCCAAACCCAACAAAAUGGCGUCAUCUGGAGGAGAUGUUGACUGGGGUGGGGUACAAAAAGUGCUAAUUUCAGCAUCCCAAUCAUCAUUCAAGACCUGUGACAUAUCAAUUCUUGUUGAUUGUAUAUUGAAGAGUAAAAAAGAAUUACUUGAACACGAGGACAAAUAUGAGAGUUUCUACUCAUGUGUGGUAUCUCUAUCAACACAUUACAUCACUAAUUGUGCAUAUUGCUUGCCCAAGUCUAAGCUGAGUAAGGUCGUGAAUGCAUGUCACAUCCUUAUGAACUUCUGCCUGCAGCGAAUGCUAAAGUAUUAUGAAUUCUGUGCAGUUUCCCAGAGGAACUUGAUGUCGUUGAUUGAGGGUCUGUGCACUGGAUGUGGCCAGCUGCAGAGGAGCAACAUCAUCACGUUGACUGCAAUGCUCAAGUCAUCUCAGAUGCCACCUUCAUCAUCUAAGUCCAAAGCCACAGACUCAGCAGCUCUCAUCAAAGUCAGUGAGAUGAAGACUCAAUCACAGACUGAGUUUCUGGAGACUUUAAUGUCAUCGUUCUCUGAGAUUUCCCCCAACAGUGGUAGCAUCAGCGCAGUAAGAACUAGAGUGGAUAAUAUCAAAGAGGAACAGGAAGUGUAUGAGAAUAUCUACCAACCAGGUAUGAAUAUUGACUCCAAGACUUUUUUUGCUGCAAGGAAUAUCGACAAUCUGCAUUCAUUAGGAGGCGGCGACAUCCUGCUGGACGUGUGUCUAAAUUUGUCGUUCCUCUUACGUUACAUCGGGUACUAUCAAGAUGCUGUCAAGGGAAACCAGUUUAUCUUGCCUGGUAGCAUAUCUGAAGUUGUAUCAAUGAAGAACAGCUAUCAGUCGCUGCUGAAUGACAUGUCCAUUGUGUCACGUGUCUUGUCGUUGCCCAUUUUGGAACCGUUAACACCAAGCCAUCUGGAGAAAUUGACUACUAUCAUCAUGAGCUGUCUGUAUGCUGCUGUGGCAGCCGUUUCAUCCCACACCAUCCUGAACAUUGCCAGUCUUCACCAGAUUAAAGGCUUGCAAGUGGUGAAGGACAGCGAUCAUGAAAAGCAUGCAAAACUCAUCGUAAAGAAAGGGCUUGCUAUGUUCAGCACCUUAUCAUCAGCAAUACAGUCAUCUAUACGAGCUGGAGGACAUAAUCUUCAAAAUUUGAACAUGCUUGGAGCAUGGUGUAUCUUCCGUGGACUGGAGCACAUUCUUAAUCUGAAUGCCACAAGUAUUCCAGAAAAGAAGGACCGCGAGGGCGGCACAUCACCUUUGCCUAAGUCUGAAAAGCCUACUUUUGCGAAAACAAAAGACACACCAAUUAGGCCCAGCUCAGCAAAAGGCUAUCAGUCGCUGCUGAAUGACAUGUCCAUUGUGUCACGUGUCUUGUCGUUGCCCAUUUUGGAACCGUUAACACCAAGCCAUCUGGAGAAAUUGACUACUAUCAUCAUGAGCUGUCUGUAUGCUGCUGUGGCAGCUGUUUCAUCCCACACCAUCCUGAACAUUGCCAGUCUUCACCAGAUUAAAGGCUUGCAAGUGGUGAAGGACAGCGACCAUGAAAAGCAUGCAAAACUCAUCGUAAAGAAAGGGCUUGCUAUGUUCAGUACCUUAUCAUCAGCAAUACAGUCAUCUAUACGAGCUGGAGGACAUAAUCUUCAAAAUUUGAACAUGCUUGGAGCAUGGUGUAUCUUCCGUGGACUGGAGCACAUUCUUAAUCUGAAUGCCACAAGUAUUCCAGAAAAGAAGGACCGCGAGGGCGGCACAUCACCUUUGCCUAAGUCUGAAAAGCCUACUUUUGCAAAAACAAAAGACACACCAAUUAGGCCCAGCUCAGCAAAAGGGUUGCAGGGCUUUAGUAGUCUGACAGUAGCUCUAGCUAACAAAGGCUUGAGUCUCUUCAAGACAUUGAUGGAUGACCUUCACAUUGAGAGCUUGACACAGGUGAGUCAGAGACAAAGUGAAGUAGCUGAGAUCAGCAUUGCACCUCAGAACACAGCUAGCAUGCGGGUAAAGGGCAUACUGGAAGGGGCUGAUGUUAUCAACUUCCUAUUCGGUCUCUUCAUCUUCGGAUAUCGUAAGGCUUGCUCAAUUGUACGGAGCAAAAAGGACCAAGCAGGGACAACGGAUGAUAGUUACUCAGACAGCAACUCAGAAAUAAACGAGGACUACGAAGAUGAAUUCAGCAGCUCAGAAGACAGUAGUGAAGAUGAUGACAGUGAACCACUGUUUGGACAUUUAUUCCAUGAUAACCUGUCCCCAAAUGAAGAUUCCAAGGAAAUACCCCCUCCUCCUCCACUUCCGCGUGCACCUGGGAAGGGCGAGGAUGGGAAAGCAUCCAAGUCUGAGUCACCUAACAUCAUGGACCUGCCUGACACUGAAGAACCAGCAGUGUACCUUAGGCUGUCAACUGAGACACUGCAGUUUAUGACUACCUAUCUUCUUAAAUCCAGCAAUGAGUUCAUCCAAUCCUAUUACAGAGCAUCUGUAACUGACGUACAUCUGAUGAAUUUAGCUGGAGUGAUCAAAGAUCUUGAUAAAGAAAUGAUAAAAAUCGACAAUGGUUCUUUAAUGGAGGAGUUCUCAUCAGCACUUUCCCGGUUUACCCACUGCUUAGUUGCAUCUGGACUUCUUUCAAAUUCACUUCAG